GCGCAUGGGCAGCCGGGAGUUGUAGUCCCAGACGCAGCCGGGUUAUGGCAUGGGCGGGCAGCCCCGGUCCGGGCGGUGUCCCCGCGGUGCCGGUCGCCAGCGGCCGCAGCAUCCCGGUGCUGGGGCUCGGUACUUCCCACCAUGGUGGCUAUUCCCAUGGCGCGGUGGUCCAUGCCCUGCAGAAAUGUGGCAUUCGUCAUAUUGACACAGCAAAGAGAUAUGGCUGUGAAUCCCUCCUCCAAAGGGCCAUCAGAGAGAGUGGUGUGAAGCGAGAGGACCUCUGGAUAACCACCAAACUGUGGCACAGUGAUUAUGGCUAUGAAAACACAAAAAAGGCCUGCCUGGAGUCAUGUGAAAGACUUGGUGUUGAAUAUCUUGAUCUUUAUUUGAUUCACUGGCCUGAUGCACAAGUUCCAGGUAAAAGCAAUCGAGAGGUCCGGGCUGAAACCUGGAGAGCGAUGGAAGAGCUCUAUGAGAAAGGUUUGUGUAAAUCAAUUGGCGUAAGCAAUUUUCUUAUCAGCCAUCUUGAGCAACUAAAGGAGGACUGUGUGAUUACUCCACAUGUUAAUCAGGUUGAAUACCACCCUUUCCAAAGACCUCAGGAGCUGGUUGAUUAUUGUAGGAGCAGAGAUAUUGUUUUUGAAGGCUACUGUCCUUUAGCCAAAGGUGAAGCACUCACUCAUCCUGCUGUAAUUCAGCUGGCAAAGAAGUACGGCAGAACUCCAGCACAGAUUUGCAUACGCUGGAGCAUACAGAAUGGGAUUGUCACUAUUCCAAAGUCAACAAAGGCAGAACGGAUAGAGGAAAACUGCAAGGUGUUUGAUUUUACAAUAGCAGAGGAUGAUGUUGAAAUUCUGAAUGGAAUGCAUGAUGGGAGACAUGUUUCCUGGGAUCCAACUUCUAUUGUGUGAAUCAAGGUUUUUGAUUCUAAUCUGAAGAAAGAAGAUAGGGAAUUUUUUAAUACUGUGAAUAUCAACAGAAAAUUAAUUCAUCUAACAUACUCCCUGUGGAAAGAAUAAUUUAAAACCAGAUUGUUCUAAACUGGAAAAGUGAUGUAACCUGAACAUUAAUUAAUUUUAAACUGAACAAUAAAUCUGAAUUGUUCUCUUAGGCAGGCAGUAUACUCAAGAAUCAGUAUAAAUGGUUUGUAGUUACUCUUAUGUUAACAAAUUAAUAAAAUAAUUUAAUUUAC